AUGUUAGCUGUAGUACAGGCGUGUCGACAUUCUAGAACCCUGCAGAUAGAAGAGAGCCCACGCUGUAGGGUCCCCUCGAAACGCGCACCGGGCGGGGACCAGAGCGCUCACCGGGCGAAGGAACGGACCGCGCACCGGUCGAGGGUAUGGUUGCGCGCACCUCGCGACGCUCAGCACGCGCAACCGGCGACGAGCAGCGUGCGCACUGGGCGACGAGCAGCGCCCGCUCUGGGCGACGCGCAGCCCUGCUUCCCCUCCUUUCCCCCCCUGCUUCCCCUCCUUUCCCCCCUUGCGUCCCCUCCUUUCCCCCCUUGCUUCCCCCCCUUUCCCCCCUUGCUUCCCCCCCUUCCCCCCUUGCUUCCCCUCCUUUCCGCCCCUGAUUCCCCUCCUUUUCCCCCUUGCUUCCCCUCCUUUCGCCCCCUGCUUCCCCUCCUUUCGCCCCCUGCUUCCCCUCCUUUCCCCCCUGCUUCCCCUCCUCUUCCCCCUUGCUUCCCCUCCUUUCCCCCCCUGCUUCCCCUCCUUUCCCCCCUGUUUCCCCUCCUUUUCCCCCUUGCUUCCCCUCCUUUCCCCCCCUGCUUCCCCUCCUCUCCCCCCCUGCUUCCCCUCCUUUCCCCCCCCUGUUUCCCCUCCUUUCUCCCCUUGCUUCCCCUCCUUUCCCCCCCUGCUUCCCCUCCUCCGCCUGCUUCCCCUCCUUUCUCCCCCUCCUUUCCCUCAUCUUCUCCCGCUGCUUGCCCCCUUCCCUCUACUCCCUCACCCUUGUUCCCUCCCUCGUCCAAUCUCCUCCCUUGCUCACUUCCUCUUUUCCGCACUUCCCCCCUUCCUCCCUGUCUCGCCUUUCCUCCCUUGCUUCCCCUCAUUUUCCCCCUUUCUUCUCCUCAUUUCCCUCCCUGCUUCUCCUCAUUUCCCUCCCUGCUUCUCCUCAUUUCCCUCCCUGCUUCUCCUCAUUUCCCUCCCUGCUUCUCCUCAUUUCCCUCCCUGCUUCUCCUCAUUUCCCUCCCUGCUUCUUCUCAUUUCCCUCCCUGCUUCUCCUCAAUUCGAGUCCCUGCUUUCCCUGUUUGUACAUGCUUCCCCUCAUUUCCCCCCCUGCUUCCACUCAUAUCCACCCCUGCUUCCCCUCAUUUCCCCCCCUGCAUCUCCUCCUUUCCCUCACCCCCCCUCUUCCUAUCCCCAUUCCCUCUCACAUCGUCCUAUCUCCCUCUUCCCUAUCUCCUCCUAUCUCCUCUGUUUGACAUUUUUCUUGUCCCCCCUCCCCAUCCCUCGUAUUCCCUCCCUCCCCCUGGCUAUUGCAGUGACUACACUGAAGAUUUUUCUGGUACUGCAACUCGUCUCAGCCCAUCAUCGCAUGCCAUGCUCGUAGCAAAACCAGUUUCCCUCAUGAUUUUUUUAAGGCCUUGA